AUAUGGGCUGCUCGGCCGGAGCGGUAGACAAUAGCAAAGUAAAGAACCAACCAGAAUGAGGACUACGCUGGCGUUGACUCUGCUGCUCGGCUGCCUAACAGCGACCUUUGUGAGAGCGACUGAUGUGGAGACUGCUGAAAAAAUGGUGAAAAAAUGCGUGACCGAUUUGGGGGUGACUGAGCAGGACCUUGCGGACCUUAAGUCAGGCAAGGUGAAGCCUGCAGACGCUAAGGACAGCCUGAAGUGUACCGCCCAGUGCGUGAUGGUGGCAAGUGGAUACAUGGACGGCAGUGGAAAACUGCUGAAAGACAAGAUCAAGAAGCAAUACGCCGACCAUCCCCAAAUAGAUGCGAUUAAAAAUGCCCUGGAGGUCUGUGGAGGCUUGAAGGGCGCCAAUGCCUGCGACACCGCCUUCCAGAUCGUCUACUGCGUCCAGACCCAUGGCCAUUCAUUCCAGUAAGACACGAAUCGAAACAUCGAAACAGUCGUUAAAUGAGAAUCGUAGCAGUCAGUCGUCAGUCGGAAUCAAGAUCACAUAUGUAUAGUCAUUUUUUAACAAAAUAUUUGCUAAGACGAGGAAUAAUAAAGAACAAAGAAAAACUAA